AUGACAUCUAUUAAUACCAAACAAAUAGCCACUCUUCCUCUUUUACAAGAUACAAAAGAUGUGGAAGAUUAUAGUGAAAUAGUUAACAGGCUUUUUGAAGAAAUUCAAUUAAUGUGUUUGAUGGAGCCCGGGGUCAUUGAUGAUUUAACAGACCGUAUUGUUAUGCUAGAGAAAAAAGUUCGUCAAAGUGGCGAUGAAAAUUCAGCGUCACGCUUAGCUUGUAAGCUACUAGAAGUUCACCGAUCUGUAGAGAAUUGGAUUGCUGUGAAAGAGUGGAUUACAAUUUUGUCCAAAAAACGAAGUCAAUUCAAGAAAGUUAUCAAAGAUAUGGUAUUGGUGGGGAUGGAUUGGGUAGAAUUUCUGGAUGACAAGGACACGAAAAUAUCAUUAAUACAAACACUUUUGGCAGUUGCUGAUGGAAAAAUGUUUUUAGAAGUCGAAAAGGCUCGUUUACUUCGUUUACAAGUCCGACUUUUGGAGGAAGAAGGAAAUUAUGAAAAGGCUGCUGAAUUAAUUCAAGAUGUUCGAGUUGAAAUGUUUGGAGGCAUGGAUGCGCGAGAAAGAUUUUUAUAUAUUUUAGACCAAAUACGACUAGUUUUGAUGCGCCACGAUUACGUUCGCUGCCACAUUAUAUCAAAGAAAUUCAACUCAAAAGUCUUAGACGACAUUGAAUUUCAGGAUAUUAAACUUCAAUAUUAUGGAUAUUUAGUACAACUUCACACGCACGAAAAAGAUUAUUUGGCAGCAGCAGAGGAUUUUUGGCAUUGUUUCAACACACCUCGUUGUCAAGCAUCAGACGAAUGGAAAGAGUAUUUAAGCUGUUAUGUAAUUUAUUUAUCGAUGGCUGCUCGUAGCGAAGACAUUUUAAAUCGCAUUCGGAAGUUAUGUGAAACUGAAUCUAAGAAACUUGGCGAACUUUUAUGUAUCAAUCGUCUUGUUGAGGAUUUACUCAGCACACAACUUGUUGAUUGGCCCUUGCCGUAUGAAAAUGAGUUACGUCAAAUGUCUGUUUUUACAUCUGGUAUGAGUGAAGAGAAUUGGAAAGUAUUUCGUAUGCGACGUAUUCAUCAUAAUAUCUACAUUAUAUCGCUUUACUAUUCUCGCAUUCCUUUGACAACUUUAUCCUCUAUGUUUCAUAUUCCCGUUUUUGAAGUGGAAAAAGAAAUAUCGCAACUUGUGUAUACAAAUGAAAUUUACGCGCGUAUUGAUCGACCAGCAGAUAUCGUUAUGUUCGGAAAACCUAAAGCAUCAUUUGAAAAAUUAGACUCUUGGACAGCGGACAUAUCAAGUUUGUUAAGUCUUGUUCACGAAACAAAUCAUCUUAUUAAUAAUGAACGAAUGGUUCAUGCCGCAAUGCAAAAAAGAACUGAGGUGAAUGAGAAAGUGUAAAGCAUAUCAAGUUCACGCAAAGCCAUAAGACAACUUCGGGCUCAAUGACUGCUUACCUUUGAAUACACAAGCGAAAGAGGUUUUGUGUCGACCUGUUAAUAAAUAGUUUUAUUUGAAUUAUUUUAAAAAAAAAAAAAAUUCAAGAAUUCUUGUUGAACAUAUUUUUCACUAGAACAAUUUAAUAGGUUAAACAAAUAUUGAAAUACA